AUGAAUGUCCCAGUUGUCGUCGCUGCAAAGCUUGGGUUCGGCCGCGACAUGUGGGGUAUUCCAGCCGACAAUAUCACUGAGAGUCUGAAAGGGCUCUAUGUCGCGUACUUCAUGUACAUGUGGUCUGAAUGUCUCUGCCAGCUAUCCAUCCUUGCCUUCUACCUGCGCAUCAUGGUAGACCACAAAUUGCGCAUGAUAGUCUGGGGCUUCGUUGGUGUCGUCACUGCAUUCGGCAUUUGCAAUGUGGUCUCCAUGAUCUUUCAGUGCACACCCAUCAAAUUCUUCUGGGAUGGAUGGAGAGGGGAGAUGGCAGGCUUCUGUGGUGUCGAUGUCAAACUGUUCGGCUUCGUCCGAGGAGCUGUCGAAAUCUUCCUGGAUCUGGCUAUUUUGAGUAUGCCACUACCCAUGCUGGCGAAACUCAACAUGUCGCCAAAGAAGAAGCUUCAGAUCAUGUCCAUGUUUUCUGUCGGUUUCGUCAUUACCAUUGUCAGCUGUUUACGUCUCUGGUCUUUUGUUCAGUUCGGAGACUCUACGAACCCAACAUAUGACAACACAUCUGGUCUAUACUGGUGCGCCACCGAGGCGAAUCUCUUCAUUAUCGUAGCCUGUAUGCCAGCCAUGCACGCCCUCUUCCACAAGAUGUUCCGACAAUUUCGAGAGUCGAGCACAUAUGCGAGCAAGGAGAAAUACGGCAGCAGCAGCAACAAAGGCUCAUACUUGCGCCAUCAUGAUGGCAGUCGACAACGCCAGAACUCGCUGCCACUUGGCGCGAUCAAAAAAUCCACCGAUGUCAACAUCUUUCGCACGGAGCGAUCGAGCUCAGACGUCGAGCUUGUUACUCAACUGCCUCACACCUAA